AUGAAAGAUAUGGAUGCUCGAAUGAGCCAAAUGGUAACUGCUAUCAACCGCGUGGAGUCCUACGUUUAUGAGAAAUUGCCAUCGCAACCCGAGGCAAAUCUCAGAAAUGUAAGUGCCAUGACACUGAGGAGUGGCAAGGAAGUGGAGGGACCUAAAGUGAAAAAUCCAAAGAGCAAAAAUGAGGAGGAGAUAGAAAAAGAGAUUGAAGAGGAAGGGCGCAUUCGUGAAAAUCCUAAGGUAACAUUCACUCCUUCAUCUCCUAUUAAAUCUAACUUACCUCCUUUUCCUUGCAUGUUGGAGAAAACAAAGAAGGUAGAGAAGGAAAAAGAGCUUUUGGAUGUAUUCAGGAAAGUGGAGAUCAACAUCCCAUUGUUGGAUGCAAUCAAGCAGAUACCAAAGUAUGCCAAAUUUUUGAAAGAUCUGUGCACCCACAAAAAAAAGAUAAGAGGAGAUGAACGAGUGACAGUGGGAGAAAAUGUAUCAGUAAUACUCCAAAGGAAACUCCCUCCCAAGUGUGAGGACUCAGGGGACAAGGAGACAUUGCCGGUCAUCAUAUCUGCACACCUGUCACCAAGGCAAGAAGACAACCUUAUUCGUCUUCUUCGAGAUCAUAAGGAAGCGAUUGGGUGGAGCAUAGCAGACAUCAAGGGGAUUAGCCAUUCCUUAUGCAUGCACCGGAUUCGGCUUGAGGAUGAUGCAAAGUCGGUAAGACAGGCACAACGAAGAUUGAACCUACUAAUGAUGGAAGUGGUAAAGAAGGAGAUAUUUAAACUCCUGGAAUUGAGGAUCAUCUUCACUACCUCAGACAGUCCGUGGGUUAACCCAACUCAGGUAGUCCCGAAAAAGGCGGGAGUGACUACAGAAGAGAACCAAGAGGGCGAGAUGGUCCCAGUGAGAAAACCCACAAGACUGCGCCAGUGCAUCGAUUACCGACAAUUGAAUGCAGUGACGAAAAAUGAUCACUUUCCUCUACCUUUUAUUGAUAAGAUGAUAGAGAGGUUGGCUGGUCGUGUUUACUAUUGUUUUCGUGAUGAUUUUUCAGGGUAUUUUCAGAUUGCGAUAGCACCAGAGGAUCAGGAGAAAACUACAUUCACCUGCCCAUUUUGCACGUUGGCCUAUCGGAGGAUGUCUCUCGGCCUCUGCAAUACUCUAACAACUUUCCAGAGGUGUAUGGUAAAUGGCGUUUUCCAGUUCGCUCCCCCCAGACCGAUCGCGGUUCCUCCGAAGCGCAAAGUUUCCAAAUCUGCUACCUUGGAGAUCGGUGGUCCUUCUACGGAUGCCCCCGGACCUUCAUCUUCAGUACCUUCGCCACCGCCCCCUACUGAUAGCCAGUAUUUAGCGCUUCGUUUCCAGCCGCACCACAUGGAUACUCGAAUGGAGCGGAUGGAGCGUCAAAUGGCCGGAGUGGCGCAGAACUUAGCCCAGUACCUCCACCACGUGGGUUUUCGCCCGCCCUUCCCUCCACAGUCUUAG